AUGCCUAAGGAAAAAAGUAUGACUAGAAACCUGAAUCAUGAUGAUGAUGCAUCUAGCAAGUACAGGUUCAAUACUUGGGACAAUAGAGUUGCAGUACCUUGGUCAGACCUUAACCAUGUUGUGUUGUUUUUAAUCAUGAUGAAAUUCGGAGUCAUUGAUUUUAUUUCAUUUAGUGGAGUUUGCAAGUCAUGGAGGUCACUUGCACUUGAUAACAAAAGCAGGUUUAUGGCAUCCAGACCACCCAUGUCGAUGUCGAUCUCUAAUCGUGCAUAUGAAAAAGAGUGCUACUGCAUCCUAGAGGACUUUGAAGAAAGAAAGUUCAAAACCCUCCUUCCCCAUUCCGUUGGAAGAAUUUGUGUUGGAUUAACUUGUGGUUACUUGGUCUUGUUCGGGAGGGAAACCCGUGACUUCUGGCUUGUGAAUCCUAUCACAAGGCAAGAACUUCAUUUCCCUGAUGUCCCUGACUAUCUACAUCGUGAUGUACCAAUAAUCAAGGCUAUCCUUGUCUUUUCACGUUCCAUAUCUGAAUUCGUGUUUGUGGUAGUACAUAAAUUCACCAAUAUAAUAUGGUUUUCUAUAUCGGGUAAAGGAGCAUGGAAUCAUGUCCACUCCACUUACCCCGUCCAUGAUUUACAUGCUUUCAAGGGGAAGGUAUACACCUUAACCAACGGUUGUCGUUUAUUUGAAAUGAGACUCAAUCCAGAGCCCGAAUUGACAUUACUUGACAUCGAGAAUUUUUGGAAGCCAAGUUUCUUAUAUCCUGAGUUUGUUGUGAAUUCAGGUGAAAACCUUUAUGUGAUGGAUCACAACGUAUUCAAUCCAUACAAGUUUGAAGAACUAGAUUUUGGCAAAAUGAUGUGGGUAACACUAGAAAAGACACUUACAUUCUUUAUUAGCAACUUGAAUUGUUAUUCUGCUGCUAUUAACCCAGAGUCGUGGGCAGACCAUCCGUCACAAUACAAAACAUAUUCUUUCUGCCAUGUCGACAGUAUUGAUAAAGAUCGAAAAUACAAGCUCUUUACUGACAUCAUGUGGUAUUUCCCCCAUCGUUGUUUGGAUGUUGAUCUCAUAGACUAG